AAGUGACGUGUCGGACGCAGUGAAAGGUCGGCGGAGCGCGCGCCGUUUCCUUUUUCCGGUGUGUCGGCCAUCGCGGAUAGAGAUGGGGAAGUUCAUGAAGCCGGGGAAGGUGGUGCUGGUGCUGGCCGGCCGCUACUCGGGCCGUAAGGCCGUCAUCGUGAAGAACAUCGACGAUGGCACCUCGGACCGGCCGUACAGCCACGCCUUGGUGGCGGGCAUCGACCGCUACCCGCGGAAGGUGACCGCGGCCAUGGGCAAGAAGAAGAUCGCCAAGAGGUCCAAGAUCAAGUCCUUCGUCAAAGUGUACAACUACAACCACUUGAUGCCCACUCGGUAUUCCGUCGAUAUCCCUCUGGACAAAACAGUGGUCAACAAGGACGUGUUCAGGGACCCUGCUCUGAAACGCAAAGCGAGACGUGAAGCCAAGGUGAAAUUUGAGGAAAGGUACAAGACAGGAAAGAAUAAGUGGUUCUUCCAGAAGCUGCGAUUCUGAAAGGUGUCACAAAGUCGCAUCAAUAAAUGUUUAUUAAAAACCA